GUGGGAUGCAAAAACCUUUUGGACAAGCAUUGACAUUCUCCACGGAGGGUGAGAUCAGUCCUACAGAUGUAAUCUCAUACCUUGAAGAGAACGUUCUCCAACAUGUCGACAGGACAUCCUGCCCACCGCCACAUAUUCUUCUAUACGCUGCGCAACAGCUUAUAGAGUCUUCUUUAAACUGCGACAAUAUCCAGACGUUACUUGAAGUACUCGCAAACAUUGAGGAAGUUCGACAACGAGCAACUCAGCAGGCUCGCACGGCUCUCAGACUGCAGGAGGCUUUUUUGGAGGAGCAGGAACCAGAUAUACGGUUACUUAACGGAAUGGAGUGUAGGGCGUUGGAGAGCAUGUCCUCAGUAGAAACGGACGAGGCUACGAGACUGAUCUUUCGAGAAGACGUCGUGUUGAAUCUGUACCGCUUGCGCAUAUGUCAUCUAUGGACGUCUCCAAAAUCAUACACCAUAGGCAAAGUCAUGCGCACGUACUUUCCAUCGAAGUAUGCCCGUGAGGGGAACCCAUUCGCAGAUGAACAAUGGACCGGUGUAUUGCAUUAUGGUCUAACGCGAGCAGAGCGCGAACGAGUGCAUGAAGUGGGAAGAGAAAUGAAAUCAUGCCUGUCAAGAGCAAUGGCAUGGGAUCUUGAGCGUAAAAACUAUUUCGAGGAACUCGGUCUCAGCGAAGAAGUUAUAUUCGGCGAGAGCGAAUUUCUUUCGUACAAGCGGGACUUCGAUGCAAAAUUUCGAAAUACAAUUGAUGAGGCGGGCAUGAUGGAGGGGCUGAAGGCAUAUCUAAAGAAGGUGCAGCGAGAUGUGAACGUGCUGGAGAAGCUCUUUGCAAGUGGGCAACAAUGAGUGGAGGAUCCUUUUGCAGCUAUGUAUGCGCGAUAGACAGAUCCGAGGGGAUAAGAACAUACUGAAA